CGGAGGGGAGGGCUUGGUCGCUCGUUUAAUCUAUUCGACGAACUAAGUCUUUUGAGAACGAAGUAUCAAUUUCUUUCGACUGUUAAAGAAAUUUUAAGAAUGGAGGGGACUGUGUUCACCCCCUCUUUGGAAGGAAUGAAACAUGUGAAGUCUGAAGACGGGGAACUGCUGACCAAGCCUUUCUUGGAUGUGUGCAAGUUCAUAUUGCCAGUAAUAGAGAAAUUUGGAGCCGCUAUGCUGCUCGUAAAAUCUGAUAUUGGUGGUAAUAUUUCGAGGUUGGAGGCUAAAUACUUAUCCAAUCCUACGGAAUUCAAUCACUUAUACAGUAUGGUACGGGCUGAGAUACAAGCUAAAACAGCAAAAGGUUCAUCCAGCUGUACCAAUGGUCUUCUAUGGUUGACAAGGGCAAUGGAUUUCUUGGUUGAACUGUUCCGCAACUUAUUGGAGCAUCCAGAUUGGGCCAUGUCUCAAGCUUGCACUGAUUCUUACAACAAAACCCUGAAGAAAUGGCAUGGUUGGCUUGCCAGUUCAAGUUUCACGGUUGCCAUGAAACUGGCUCCAGAUAGAAAGAAGUUCAUGGAUGUGAUUGGGGGUGGAGGUGAUCUCAAUGCUGACAUUGAGAAAUUCUGUUCAACUUUCGCUCCACUUCUUGAGGAGAAUCACAAGUUCUUGGAUAGUGUUGGUAUGGACGACCUGAAAGCUUCCUAAAUACCAAGAGAAGUCCUCUGAUAACUGGAUCUAGCAUUUGCCUUUUUUCCAUAAUUUGUAUUUCCUGCAAUCUUGAGAUCACACUUGUAACCUUAAGACCGUAACAAGUAUUUCCACCA